CGUCCAGUAGGUGGCGGUAGUGCACAUCUGAGCUGGUUACCGGCAACGAAGAUGUGACCUAGAGCCUACCAAUUGCGCAUGCGUGUACGGUUCACACGUGAAGCAGACAGCAUGGCCGAAGCAGGAGAAGUUACGGGGCUAGAUCAGGCACAGGUGAAAAAGGCCGUCCUGGCUCUACAAGCUUUCCUGAAAACCAAGUCCACCAGUGACUCGCUGUUCCUGGACGAGACCCAGCAGAUCAGCCUGCUCUUCACCCUCUGGAAGAUCCCCUCAAAGGCACAGACCAUCCGCAUUCCCUUGCCCCAUGGCCAGCGGCCUGAUACAGACGAGGUCUGCCUCUUCACCAGAGAUGAGCCCAACAUGACCUCCGAGCAGACCCAGAGGUUUUAUAAGAAGCUGCUGGAGGAGAAGGGCGUGAAAAACAUCUCUGAGAUCAUCCCGUACAAGGUCCUCAAGACGGAGUACAAACCACACGAAGCCAAGCGCCGUCUGCUGGGGAACUUUGACAUGUUCCUUUCUGACGACCGCGUCCGCCGCCUGCUGACAUCGCACCUCGGAAAACACUUCUACCAGAGGAAAAGAGAGCCGCUGUGUGUGAACAUGCUGAGCAAACAUUUGGCCAGAGACAUCCACGGAGUCAUCCAGGGCACCAACCUGAAGGUGACCAACAAGGGCUGCUGCUGCAUGGCACGCGUUGGCCACGCCGGCAUGACGGCAGAUGAGGUGACGGAAAACAUCGAGGCUGCUUUCCAAACAGUGGCGGCCAAACUACGCACGAAAAGUCCGGUGAUAAAGCUCAUCCAUAUAAAGAGCCAGACGUCGGGGGCCCUGCCCAUCUACACGUCAGACCUGAACCACCUCAGCGUGCUGGACGAGGCAGAGAAACAGGCUCAGGCUGCCAGGCAGGAGGCUGCGGCCAAAAAGCAGGCGAAGAAGAACAAGGCGGCGGAGGAGAAGAAAAGCGCGGUGACGGGGGGAGAAAUCCCACAGCUGGUUCCCAUAGCAACACCUAGCAAAAAGCCCAAACUGGAGAAGGCACCCAAACCUGCUGCAGCGAAGAAAGGAAGGAAAGGAAAGAAAGCACCAAACAAAAUGACCAAGACAUCUGGAAAGACUGAGUCCAAAGGGAAGAGAAGAGUUCCCAAAGUGAAGUGAUUGUCAGAGCGUCUUCACACAUGACGCUCUCAACAUGGACGUUAUAUUACGGGACCAGGUUGUUCAGACUGGUCAAUAUAUUCACUCUGUUCUGUCUUUCUUUGCUCGGAUGAUGCAGAUUAUAAAGUGGAACUGAAAUGAU